AUGGCUUUGCGGCGGGGGCGGGGCUCCCAAAGACCGGAUCCGGAAGCGGCGGGUCGGUGGUGAUGGCGGUGUUCGGCGCGCAAGGCGGAACGGAACUAGUGCAGCUGAACGUGGGCGGCCGAAGGUUCAGCACCUCCCGCCAGACCCUCACCUGGGUCCCGGACUCCUUCUUCUCCAGCCUGCUCAGCGGCCGCAUCUCCACGCUGCGGGACGAGACUGGCGCCAUCUUCAUCGACCGGGACCCCGACGUCUUCGCCCCCGUCCUCAACUUCCUCCGGUGCAAAGAGCUGGACCUCAGAAGGAGCGAUGUCUCACUGCUGCUGCAUGAAGCCCAGUUCUAUGGGAUCACGCCUCUUGUUCGCCGCCUGCAGUUGCACAAGGAGCUGGAGCGGUCCUCUUGCGGAAGCGUCCUGUUUGAGGGCCAUCUGCCACCCCCGUCUGUGUUUCCCACCAAGCGGUGGAACCGCCACAGCAUCACGGGGGUACAGUUGGCUGCCCGGCCAGGCAACCCCCUGGUGCGCCGGAGCAACACCAUGCCCCCCAACCUGGGCAACAUAGGACUCCUGGAGAGACUGGAGGAGAGGAACGCAAUGGCAGGAGCGACAAACGAUCCUGGUAUGGUACGUCUUAUCUGCGGCCAUCACAACUGGGUAGCUGUAGCUUAUGUUCACUUCCUUAUCUGCUACAGGAUGAAGGAGACCUCCGGCUGGCAGCUAGCUUUCUGUAGCCCCCGGCUGGACUGGGUAAUCGAGCGUGUGGCACUAAAUGCCCGGGUGCUUGGUGGGUCCCUGGGUGAUAGUGACAAAAUGGUGGCUGCUGCCUCUUGCAGUGAAAUUCUUCUGUGGGCUCUUCACCCUGACGGGAACGGCACUGAGAUUGGAGUGUUCCGCUUAGGGGUCCCUGUAGAAGGUCUCUUCUUUGUUGGCAGCCAGCUUAUUGCCACCAGCCACACUGGCAAGAUUGGCGUCUGGAACGCAGUCACCAAACACUGGCAGACUCAGGACGUGGUCCCAAUCAACAGCUAUGGUGCGGCGGGGUCCUUCUUGCUCCUGGGCUGCAACAACGGCUCCAUCCAUUACGUUGAUGUGCAGAAGUUCCCCCUGCGCAUGAAGGACAAUGAUCUCCUGGUGACCGAGCUGUACCGUGACCCUGCAGAGGAUGCCAUCACUGCCCUCAGCGUCUACCUCACACCCAAGAGCAGCAACAGUGGAAACUGGAUUGAAAUUGCCUACGGCACCAGCUCAGGGAUGGUGCGAGUGAUUGUGCAGCAUCCAGAGACAGUGGGCUCAGGGCCCCAGCUCUUCCAGACUUUUGCUGUCCAUCGUAGCCCUGUCACCAAGGUGAUGCUCUCCGAGAAGCACCUCAUCUCAGUCUGUGCUGAUAACAACCACGUACGCACGUGGACAGUGACUCGAUUCCGUGGAAUGAUAUCUACGCAGCCAGGCUCCACCCCCUUGGCUUCCUUCAAGAUUCUGGCACUGGAGUCGGUGGAUGGGCACGGUGGCUGCAGCGCUGGCACAGAUAUUGGGCCUUUUGGUGAGCGGGAUGACCAGCAGGUGUUCCUCCAAAAGGUGGUUCCUGAUGCCAGCAAGCUGUAUGUGCGCCUCUCCUCUACUGGGAAGAGAGUAUGUGAGGUGUGCUCUGUUGAUGGCUCAUCCAUCACUGCCUUCGUGGUCCAGGAAUGCGAGGGCUCCAGCCGCAUUGGCUCCCGCCCGCGCCGCUACCUCUUUACCGGUCACAGCAAUGGCAGCCUCCAAAUGUGGGACCUCACCACUGCUAUGGAGAUGGGAGACCGAACACCAGACUGUGGUGGUCUCUCAGAAGAAGAGUUGCUGCUUGAAUUAGAGCGGUGUGACCUGGCACUUACCCACACCUUGGAGACAAGUCCCACGGGGUCUUUCUCUCUUGCCAAUACUUCUGGCAUCAGCCGUCCCCAGUGCCAAGGUGUCGAUGGGACCUCUGAGAAGCCGGCAGAAGCCUCCCCAGCCACAUCCUGUUGCUUGAGGCCGGAGCAUCCACCCACGUUGGACUUCCAGCGAGGAGACCUCCGCCAACAGCAGCUGAGCAGGAACUUCUCUGACCGAUCCUCUGAGGGCCAGCGGGUCAACCCCUGUAGGGGUGGGCUUGCCACUAGCCUCCUGAACCAAAGAUCCCCCACUCCCCAUCCUACCCCCACAGAACCUACCCUCCCCCUAGCCCCAUCCAGAGUGCCACUCAGUGAAACCUCUUUCUGACCUCUGGGCAUGUGCCAAAAGGACUGGCCCUGCUGCUUUCUUCUUGGGGGAGCGAGAAAGCCAGUGAAGGUGGAUGUUGUUGCUGCAGCCAGAAGUCUCAUCUCCAGUAACUGGAGCUCAGUCCAGUGGAAGCCUCUGCAGAGCUUCCCUGGCCCCCUUGUGGCACCUUGCCCACAAGUUUUGUCCGAAGCACUUUCAAAGCGUCUUGGCCUCAGUCCUCUGGCAGCGUCUGUUUUUCUCCUUUGUGGUAGACUUGCACAAGAGCAGAUUGCAUUACAGCGUAACCUGUGGCCUCUGUGAGGCUGCUGCUUCCCUGCUUCUUCUGAAAAGCCAAAGUUAUUUGUGAGCAAUAACACCCCCCGCCGCCGCGCACACACACACGCUGGCAUCGCUGGCUGGUCUCUGCUUCCCUUUUUUGUAUAGAGGAGUGGCAAUAAAUACCCGUGGGAAGAUGUUCUCAUUA